AUGAUGUGUUUCCGUUUUGCGCUCGAGCCUUACAUGGGCAUCCGUAGUCAUCUGCAACGUUCCGGCAUGGCGUGCCCCUCCAUGGAGUUCGGAGUUUGCGGCCUGGACGUCACAUGUUCCAAAGAGACUCUGCGCAGGGUCAUGACUCCACCGCCGAAGUGCCGGGUUGUGCCAGUCGCAGCCUUUCAGCUGGCCUACCAGGGCUUUCCGUGGCAACCAGCGUUGGGCUACGAGCCUGGGUCUCCUUUGAAGGGGAGGCGCUACCCCAAUGGUGAGGCUUAUCCUGCGUGGCAUGAGAUUGAUGACAUGAUUGAAUCGAUGCCCGCAGGAACUCGGCUUGCUUUCCACCUGAACGAAACUGACAAGUACCCCUAUGUCAGUUCGUUGCUGCAGGGUGUUGAUGACUUUCUUCGGUUGGUGGAUGUACUCUGCAACAAGUACAACGCCCGCCACAUCCAGAUCAACAUCAAUGCACGCGGGGUGCCCCCUCAGCUGUUCACCACUCCUGGUGCAGAAUCGGCGAAGAGUGCGCAGCAGAUUGCACGUCUGGCCAACCAAUAUCCGCAGUCAUUGUUCCUCGUUGCAGUUUUCCAAAGAAAAGAUGCUGAUGGCACGGUCCUUUCCGACUCCUGGCCGUUCAUGCGCGCGGUCCUGGAGAGUUCGGCGGCCCAAAGUUCAGAAAGGCAGCCAGCAAGGAACAUCGUGCCCUUCUUCGACAAUUCUGCCGGCACGGGAACGUCUCCAGAUAUCGUGCCUGAAAUGCCGAACGAAUUCCUGCGGCGAGAGGGCCAGACUGUGGGAAUGACGGGUGGCAUCAAUGCCUCCAACGUCAAGGACUGGCUCACCAAGUACGCGGCCAAGGCAGGAGAGCACGGCUAUGGCUGCAUCAGUGAUGCCAUGACCGGCUUCCGCGAAAGCAAGGACAGGGGCAAGCCUAUCGUCGAAAAGGCCUUGGAGGACCUCAUGAAGAAUGUGUACGAGUGGGGCAAACUGGACCCUGCGGCAGGGUAUGCUGACCAGAAUUCAGCCCGGCCAAGAGCUCCGCUUUGUUCGGCCGAUGCUGCCGAAUUCUGA